GACAUGCAACCGGGGCCUGUUUUGUGAGCGCAGCCUCCUUCCUGUAGCCCGGUUGAGGAAGUGAAUUUCGCUGACAGGGCUGGGUUCAGUGAGGGAGAGGCGAACAAAACAUCUUCCUCGGGGGACUACAAAAACAACUAAACAACAAGAAAUAAGAGGAGCCUAUAGUUAAAACACUGUAAAGCUAAGGUGCAAAGUCAUCGGUGAAUCCGUGCUCCCCUGCCCCGCUGAGACCGCCACAGACCGCCGCAGAUAUGAAUGAGCAGCAGCUGGACUGUGCCCUGGACCUGAUGAGGCGUCUGCCUCCUCAGCAGAUCGAGAAGAACCUCAGUGACCUCAUUGACCUGGUACCCAGUCUGUGUGAGGACCUCCUCUCCUCUGUGGACCAGCCCCUGAAAAUUGCCCGGGACAAGGUGGUGGGUAAAGACUAUCUGCUCUGCGAUUACAACAGAGACGGCGACUCCUACAGAUCCCCAUGGAGUAAUAAAUAUGAACCUCCUAUUGAAGACGGUGCCAUGCCUUCAGCCCGCCUGAGGAAACUCGAGGUCGAAGCUAAUAAUGCUUUCGACCAGUACAGAGAUCUGUACUUUGAAGGUGGUGUAUCCUCCGUGUACCUUUGGGACUUGGAUCAUGGCUUUGCUGGAGUUAUUCUCAUCAAGAAGGCUGGGGACGGAUCCAAGAAGAUCAAAGGGUGCUGGGACUCCAUCCAUGUGGUGGAGGUGCAGGAGAAGUCCAGUGGUCGCAGUGCUCACUAUAAACUCACCUCCACUGUCAUGCUGUGGCUCCAGACAACCAAGACUGGCUCUGGCACCAUGAACCUGGGAGGCAGCCUCACAAGACAGAUGGAAAAAGAUGAAACGGUUGGAGAGAACACUCCCCACAUUGCCAACAUCGGCCGCCUUGUCGAAGAUAUGGAGAACAAGAUUCGCUCCACACUGAAUGAAAUCUACUUUGGCAAGACCAAGGACAUUGUCAACGGCCUAAGAUCUAUUGAAUCUUUGCCUGAUAACCAAAAGUACCGGCAGCUCCAGAAGGAGCUGUCGCAGGUGCUCACCCAGCGUCAGAUCUUCAUUGACUAGGGUCAGAGGUACAGCCUGGCAUGAU